AUGUCAAAGCCAAAGUCAGAGUCCUUGUUCUCUAAACAAUCAAAGCGCAACACAAGAACUGACUACUCCUCUCAGCAAGUCUCAAGUGUUUCGGCAGGAGAGACUUCUACUGAGCGAACAAGCCUCCACUCAUACUGCGGCUUCUAUACAGAGUGUCCGGCUGAGGAGGAAGAAUCAUCUUGGAGCUUGCUCGAGGGAGAAUGGCAUGAAGACACAAGAAAGUGCACGCUGUGUAUGAAGCAAGAGUAUCUAGACCAGUUUGAGGACCCAUUUGACCCAUGGGAUACAUACAGAAACCAUACUUCUGAAUCAGAAUCCACUUUGGAGUCUUGGCCAAGCACCAAAAGCACUGACAGCAUCUCAUCACCAGCCAGAGACUCAAAACAAACUCCUGGCUGGACUGGUCAGUACUCUUCUCUGACAGAGUAUGUUGCAAGUCCUACUUCACAAUGGACUGGCGAAUACUCUUCUAUGAUAGAGUAUAGUGUAAGUCCUGAAGCUUCACAAUGGACUGGGCAAUACUCUGAUCCUUAUGAGUACAGUGUCUCGCCAAAAAUGACAAGACUUGGCAAAUGGGAGAAAUCAAUGAUCCCAGGAGGCGAGCCAGACUCCAAGUGA